AUGGCUCCCCGCGUCCCUAACAAACGGAUCUCGGUGAUCGGUGGUGGUGGCAUGGUUGGGGCAGCUACUGUGAAUGCCUUGAUCCUUAAGGGCGUUGCUGCUGAACUUUUGAUUGUUGAUGUUGCUCCGAAGGCCGCCGAAGGACAGGCUCUUGACAUCGCCGACGCCUCUUCAACUCCCCCGGGUCGUCCGAGCUACCCUCAGAAGCCGGGUGAGCCGAGGUCGAAGCUCCUUGGAACCAACAAGUCCAUCAUGAAUGACAUAUGCACGCAAAUGCAACCUAUUCGUCCUGACAUGAAGAUUCUUGUUGUUGCCAACCCGGUAGAUGUCCUGACUCACAUUGUCUGGCAGUCUUCAAAGCUGCCUAAGAAUCAGGUGUUUGGCUCCGGGACCUACCUCGACUCUGGUCGCCUUCGCUCGCAGAUCGCUUCAAUGAUUGAUGUGCAUCCUCAGAGCAUAAAUGCAUACGUCCUUGGCGAACACGGCGACCGUCAAUUCGUCGCUUGGUCCGCAGCCAGAAUCCAGAAUACGCCUCUGUUGGAUCACCCCAAGUUGAAGGGCAUCGAGCUUGACAGCAUCCGCCAGGAAGUCAUGAGAAAGGCUUACGCCAUUAUUGAGGCCAAACGAUCUACCUACUUUGGUAUCGGCAUGUGUUCUGCUACCAUUGCUGAGAGUGUGUUGAACAACACUCAGGAAGUGUAUCCUCUUGUCCAUUGGGUCGAGGCUCAUCAAGCUUAUAUCUCGUGGCCUUGCACUGUGGGCUCUAAUGGCGUUGAUCAGAGCUUUGAUGUGCCUCUUAAUGAGCAAGAGCAGAAGGCUUUGGGGGUAGCGGUCGCUGCUAUCAAGGACAUGGUUAAGGAAGCGGAGUCCAUUGAGGAGCCUCGUAAAGAUUAG